AUGACCGUUGAGCAAGACAUGCAAAACCUGCAACAAUCAAGCAUUCUUGUUGAUUUUGAUGAAGGGGGAUACCUGUUUCAAUUACUCACCAAGCCAUUGCUGGACAAACCAACAGUUUUUCUAAAAGCAAUCCAGAGACACGAUUUCGCUGGGUUUGGUGCUGGAAACGUGAAAGAUUACAUUGUUGGCAGCUCGAUAGUAACAAGAGACGAUGAGAGAGGGCAGGGAGAUCGUGAUCCAAUGACACGAGUUAAUGAGCCGGUCGAUCUGGCUAAGGCGUUGUGCCAUAGCUGUUGGCCGUUUCAGGACUUUCUGUUCGUGAUUUUUGGGAGAAGCAUAUUUUUAAUAUAA